UUUCCCAUUUUUUCUCUCUCUUCCAUCCUCUCCUCUUCUUUUUCCCACUCUAUAAUGCCUGCCCAUUUCAGCUUUCUUCAUAAAAAAUCACGGGUCGCUGCCUGUUAAAGCAUUUUCUCUCUGCUCCUCUCUUUUUUCAGGUUGUCAAAAGAUGCCACCACCAAGAAAAAGUCCUUGUUUUCUCUCUUAUUACUACUAUUAUUAUUUCCUAUAUCUCAGAUUUUAUUGAGCCUUUACUCUGUUUGUUUCUUUUUUAGCUGUCCCUUUGUUUUUUUUUUAUUGGUGGGAGGUUGAGCUAGCUUCUGAGAUUGAAGUAGAAUUUCCCCAAAGAAAAAAAAAUCCGUCUAUUGCUUUCCAUCAGAAUUUUCAAGAGAACUGAUUUGGGUGUUUAUAAAAAGCUUGGUUCUUGGUCUGUGUCCGUGGAAGAAGUGAGAAAUUGGUUAUUUCAAGUAGUUGGAAACAUGGCAUUCAAGGAGAGUUUUCUACUGAAAAUGGCAAAAAGAAACUAUUCAGUUUUAUCAGGACUUCAAUUCUGUUGCACAGAAAUUGCACAGAAAUAGUAUAAUUCUUUUUCUUUUUUAAUUUUUUCCUGUGUGUUUAGGAGUUUGGGAAUCCAGCAUUAGGCCAUGCAAAGGCACAGCUUCGAGGAGUACCAAGGCUUUGAUCACUUACCAAGUUGAUGAUUUUGCAUGUUCAUUGUUGAUUGAAGAGUUGGGAAAGGAAUGAUUGAGGUGUCAUCAAUCUGUAAUCUUGAAAUGCGAUUGAUCUUUUCAUUGAAGAGAAGGUCCAAGAAAAAAAAAUCAAAAUUCUGAGUGAAUUAUUGAGGAAUUUGAGGAGCUAGCUAAGGCUUGUAGAGGCAAAAAGACAGCUUUGAUACCUUGCCAUCCAAAGAAAGCUUUGGCUUUGGACCUUGCAGUUUAUGCUGCUUGGGGAAACUUGAAUUGUUGGAAUUGGAAUGUUGUUAUUUUACCUUUUAUGGUAACAUAUCCACUACAUUUUGACAGCUGUUUCCUCCUGAAACUCUUUUUUUCAGAUUCCAAGUUCACCUUUCAACAAAAAGUUUCUAUUACCAAAGCACCACAUUUAUCAUGGCCAAAAGAUCAAAUAGACACCCUGUGCGAUAUGAAAAGGAUCAGUUGAGCUGUAUGCGGGGCUUGAUUAGGAUGUUUGACUUCCGCCAUGGUCAAUCGACUCAGAGACUGCUUUCCGAUAGAAGGCACAGAAACAGAAAUGCAGUUGAUAUGGGAAAUUCAGGAAAUAAAUUUUACACAUUGACUAGUUCUGGCGACGAUUGUCUAGGAACUCUUGAUGGUGAAGCGAAAACAACAGUGGCUGAUGCAUGUAAGCCAAGUGUGAAGAAACUCCUAGAAGAAGAAAUGGCUGGAGAGCAUGUUGCAAAGAAAAAGGUAAAUAAUACUGAAGUUAAAGCAAAACAGUUUGAUUCUGGGAAAGGAGACAACAGAAGGAAGAAUCGAAAAAGAAAAAACAGAACUGGCAAGAAAAGUUCUGAUAAGAGUCUUGAUAUGGAUGCUGCUGAGAACUUGGUAUCAGAAGCAUCUUGUCAGCAAAUCCAUCAUAAACGAAUCAAUUGCGGGAAUCACGACCAGCCUGCUGAACGUCAUAUGCAGCCAAACCAGGAGAAUUCUGGUUUUGAAGAAAGAUUAAGUGAGGCAAUCAAGUUCUUAGUGAGUCAGAAGCUUAUUAACAGGAAUCAACUUACAGAAGAUGGGGAACUUCAAGCCUCAAAAGAAGUCAUGGAUGCACUUAAAAUUUUGAGUUUAGAUGAAGAAUUGUUUUUGAAACUUCUACGAGAUCCAAACUCGUUGGUGAAAUAUGUUCAAAACUUGCCAGAUGCUCAAUUAAAGGAUGAAGAGUCUAAGCCUCUUGUCGAAUCAAGACAAUCCAAUGAGCCUGUCAAUACAAAACAGCACAAUUUCUUUAGAAGAAAGUUCAAGUCUCAGGAAAGAGACCUAUCAGACAGAAAUAAGGUUUCGCAAGCUUCAAAUAAAAUUGUAAUCUUGAAGCCUGAACCAACAUGCUUGAAAACUACUGAAACUGGAAGCAGCCUUGGCUCAUCACCAGAAUCUCAGUACAUCAGACAUAGGGAGCCGAAUGAGAAUGGCGGUUCCCACUUUUUUCUUGCUGAAAUAAAAAGAAAGUUUCAACAUGCUAUGAGAAGGGAGAGACAAAGAAUCCCCACUGAUGUUAUAUCCAAAAGAUUUCCUGGUGAGCGACAAAAUUCAGGGGACGGUGGAGGAGUAAAGGAAUAUAUUGGGAUGAAUUCUCCUACUAAAGACCAAUUUUUUAUUGAAAAAAUUGCCAGACCUUCCAUCAGUGUCAAAAAAGGAGAAAAGAAAAGCAAGGUAAAAGGCUCUGAACUAGGUACAGAAUACGAGAUUACUGAUUUUUCCUGGCAAAGGGUUUCAAACAUCUACAUUGAGGCAAAGAAACAUCUAUCUGAGACGCUAACAAAUGUGGAUGAAAAUGUGAAUGUUUCAAGCAAACAGGUUCCAAAAACCUUAGGGAGGAUUCUUUCUCUUCCUGAGUAUAACUCAUCCCCUGUUGGCGGCCCUGGGAGGAAAUCUGAGUCUAGUUUUAUAACUGCGCAGAUGAGAUUUGCUGGCUCUAAAAAUUUUCAGGAGGUGAAUGAAAGCAAUCAACACACAUAUGUCAGCCAUCUAAGUCAAGUAGCAGAGGACACAGAGAGCCAGCUUUGCAUUUCUGAUAACAAAACCAGUGAUGAAAUCCAAGGUGAAAAUGCAGUUUCAAACAACCUUGACACUUGUAUGAAUGAGGAAAAAGAGGAUCAAAGAUUUUCUUCUACUAAAGAUGAAUUGAGUUCCGAAGGUGCUAUGCGUUUUGUUAAAACAACUGAAAUGAUUGUUCAGGACGAAAACAAGCUCUUCCAUGCUUCUUCUGAGACAAGUGACUCUUCAAUUACCAGAGAUGACAAAAAUGUUGAUAUAUGUAAAGUUUGUGAUGAAAAACAAUAUCCUCAGUGCUUGAAACAGGAUUCAUCCGAAGAGGACCAACUGCCAUUUUCUCCAUUAGCAUCUCCAUCAAACUCAUCAUUCUCCAAAAAGGUUGAAGGUCUUGAGAGUGGUAAUAAUAUACAGGAGGAGCCAAGUCCCAUAUCUGUUCUUGAGCCAAUAUUUGCUGAGGAUGUCAUCAGCCCUGCAAGCAUCAGAUCUCAUUCUGGUGAAACAUCCAUACAACCCCUAAGAAUUCAAUUCGAAGAACAUGGCUGUUUGGUCACAAAUCACAGUAAUCAUAUUAAAACAUGUCUGGAUGAUAAGAAAUCGACAUUUGGGUACAUAAAGGCAGUGCUGAAAGCCUCUAGUUUCAAAUGGGAUGAACUCUUCAUCAGAUCACUUUCUUCAGACCUCCUUGAUCCAUUAUUGCUUGAUGAGGUAGAAUAUUCACCCAACCAGCUUUGUCACGACCGGAAACUGCUCUUUGAUUGCAUUAAUGAAGUUCUCAUGGAGAUUUGUGGGUACUAUUUUGGUUCCCCUGGUGUGUCAUUUGUUAAACCUAAUAUCCAUCAUAUCCCAAACAUGAAAAAUACCAUUCAAGAGGUCUGGCAAGGAGUUUAUUGGCAUUUGCUGCCGAUGCCGCUGCCUCAUACUUUGGACCAGAUAGUCAGAAAAGACAUGGCUAAGACAGGAACAUGGAUGGACCUUCGACUUGACACUGAGUGUAUUGGUGUUGAGAUGGGUGAAGCCAUCCUUGAAGAUUUAGUGGAAGACAUCAUAAUAAGGUACAAAAAUGAAAGUCUGGAAUGUGAAUAUCAUGUGCUUCCAGCUUUGCUGAAGGGCUACGAGAGUGACAUCAACUUGUAAAAGGCAACUGACUCUGUUUUGUUCAUACUUCAUACCAAUAAUGCACGUUAUGUUGGGGUCAGAGUGGGACAAAAGCAAACUAAUCAAGUCUUCUGCAUCGAAGGAUGGGCAGACACAACCCAUCAAGCAAAAAAGGGCUUCAUUCAACUGUCCUUAAAGUGCUUUGUGCAAGGGGAGUUGGCAUUUCUUUCAUGUAGAUACAUAGAAAUCUUUGCACAUCAAUUAACCAUUAACCAGGUGACCUUUCAUGUGUAUUGAUUGUGUGUGGAUGGUGUGUUCUUCACUCUGAUUGAUUUCACUCAUUCUUGGGUUUGGUCACCGGUUUCCUUGUAUAUCUGCUUUUGGAGGUUUACAGUUUUGAGUGUUUAUGAAUGGAGUUAUGACUACUUUGAUAAUGGAGCAGGACCUUAUAAGCCUGAAUCCUGAUUUAUGUUCCUGUAGAAGCUAUGCUUGUUGAAAAUAAUAAUAACAUUGUAAGAAUGCAAUAAUGACUUAUGAUAGAGCAGAAAUAAUCC